UCUCAUCUCAUCUCAUCUCAUCUCCGAAAACAAACGAGGCUAGCUCUCUAGAUUCGGAUUAGAGAGCUUUUAACAACUUCCAUGUCUCUUUAUCUGAUGCAUCGGUAGGACUUUAUGUUCGUGUGAAGAUUAUAUUAGAUUCGGAUUACCUUACAACUGGUUGCUGUUUAUUAGAAAUUUGGCCAUUUUACUUUUUCUUGGAGGUGCUGGGGAAGGUUUCGAAUGUCAGUUUCUUUGUCUUGUGGGUCUGCAAUGAUUGAAAAAGACAAACUAGGUUGGAAUGUGUACAGCUUUUCUAGCAGAUUAGCAUCUUUCUUGUAGGCUAUUCAGUACAACGGAAUAAGGUGGAGAAAACUAUGCUCAAGGCACUUUUAAUAUCAUGGCAGCCCCUUUUGGCUAAGAAGCAACAGAUAUUUUUUGAGAAAAAUACACUUUUACUGUCCAACCCUUCCAUGUUUUACACUUUGUAUCCAAAGCUGACUCAUUGCACCAUCAAAUUAUCAAAGAAAUUUCAAUGUGCACCAUAAGUUAAGCUCUGACAAUCAAGAUCGUGUACCUUGUCACCUAUUUUUCAUCCAUACUAACGGUUGGGAUUGUACAAGGGUAUUUUUGCAGUUUUGGUACUUGGAAGGAGCAAGGCAUCAGUUUUGGCAGUUUGGGGUACAAAGCGUAAAACACCUACUAGUUGGAGGUAGUAAAGUGUAUUAUUUCCCACAUUUUGGUUGAAGCCAAAAUAAAAAAACGUGAUGGUCAAAGCAUACACACAAGAGUACAUUUACAAGCAUCCAUGGGAGCGGGUAACUUCUGCAUCUUAUCGCAAGUUUACUGACCAUGAGAACAGGCACAUAUUAACCCAUAUCCUUGAAGUUGACACGUUAAGCUGUAAGGUUGACCCUAUAUCUAAGAAGCUUUACACAGCUCGUGCAGUCACUGUCCAUUUCCCUGGACCAUGGUUCAUACGCAAAAUUGUCGGUCAGGAUGUCUGUCACUGUAUUGAAACAACAAUCGUCGAUGCCAAAACACGGUCGAUGCAACUCACUUCCCGAAAUGUCAGUCUUCAGAAGUUCAUUGAAGUGGAGGAAAAGAUCCAAUAUGAACCCCACCCAGAUAAUCCAAAAAUAUGGACAACUUGCAGGCAGGAGACUAAUAUUCAUAUAAAGCCUUUACCAGCACUGGCAUCAAUUGCGGAAAAGGCAGAGCAACGAUAUGCAGAGAAGGUUGUGAAGUAUAGUGCUACGGGUAGAGAGGUUAUGGAGAGGAUCUGUAUAUAUCUUGAAGCUGAAUCUGCACAGAUUGGUCUCUAAUCCAAAUCCGAAGUUCCGAACCUCGAAGCUAAAAUCCUCUUCUUUAACUUGUGUGGAAGUAUCUCUUAAGAAGUGAGGAACAUGUGGAUGUGAUUAAAAUUAACAUCUUUAUUCUUUAAAUCCGAAUGAUUAAAGGAUUAUAUGCCAGCUGAAAUCUCUUCAA